ACAUGUGAUACGUGAGUAGGAGGCCACCAUCUGCAUCACAGAACCACGCCGUUAUGUUCGAUCGAAAGGCAGGACUUCGUCUUGGGGAAAGGGCUGGGUCGUUGGGAUUUCAAUCACAAGCGCGGCAGUUGCAAACGCCAGGCUGUUCCCCGACAACAUCAACAACAAGGGCAAUGACUACAAAUAUGUUUGCCGUAUCGCCAGCGUGCCACCCAAGACAUGCAUUCGCGUUAGCAUCCCGUGUCGCUGGGGGCAACGAUUGUACACGGAAGUCAGGGCUGGGGAAGGGGAGCCACGCACGGUUCGGUACUCGUAGAGCUGCUUCGGGACACACGCCACUUCAAUUUCAAGUUGGCGAUUCGUCCCUCAGCAGCAGGAGGAAGGCAUCGCAUCGUCCAGGUGCACGGAUGCACCACCCUCAUGACCAGCGUCGAUUCUUAAGGGGUAGCGGCCAGCACUUUCCUCACAGCGAUCAGGAGAGCCUUGGCCUUUUCAGUGGGGAUGGCAAGCGACGCGUGGUCAAGCCGGAGCGGAUCAUCAUCGUGCGCCACGGGGAGAGCCUGGGGAAUCGAGACGAGUCGACUUACGUCCACGUCCCUGACUGGAAGAUUCCCUUGACGAAGAAGGGGUUCGGGGAGGGCCAGAAAGCGGGCGAGAAGAUCAAGGAGUACAUCGGAGACAAGCCACUCUUCAUCUACACGUCUCCUUACCUCAGAACAAAGCAGACCUUGGCUGGGAUGGUGGAGGCCUUCGACACCAACUACAUCGUCGGGGUUAGGGAAGAGCCUAGGCUGACGGAGCAACAGUUCGGGAAUUUCCAGAACCUGGCUACGAUUGUCAACUCAAAGGCGGAGCGGGCACGCUUCGGCCGUUUCUACUACCGAUUUCCCCAGGGCGAGUCUGGACUGGACGUGUACAACAGGGCGACGUCGUUUAUCGCAACCAUGUUCAGAGACUUCGCCAACGAGAGCAUUGCCAGAGAUGACCUGAACGUUAUCAUCGUCACGCACGGCCUCACCCUUCGCUUGCUGGUGAUGCGGUGGUUCCAGUACUCCAUCGCAGACUUCGAGGAGACUCUUAACCCAGAGAAUGGCAGCUUUGUCGUCAUGGAGCGGAAAGAAAAGGAGGACACGGAUUCUCGUUUUUUCAAAGAUGUGAGUGCGGAACGACGAGAUCUCCGACACUGGUGA